UUCCUUUCGGAGGUGCGGUUUCCAGAUGGUCAAAAGCAGGCAGACUCCAGCCUACACACACCAACGCAGCUGAACUUUUUAAGUGGUGCCUUUCUCAGUCUCUCCAGCUCUCAACUUUGCCAAAUAUGAUUCAUUUCUACAACAAGCCUUUUCCAUCUAAAUCUACACACCUCAGAUUUGCUUAUUGUUAAGAAAUGUCACCCACUGGAAAAGCAUAAGAGGAUGCAGCUGUUUUUCCAGAGGAGCGUCUGAGAAGAUCUUAUGGAUAGCAUCCCUUAGAAGCUGACACGGGUCUGAGAGACCAUGUAGGCUGUCACUUUUAGAAAGAACCAAGGCUUUUUUUCAAUGCAUCAUUUCUGUCCUGUUCAGGAUGUCUAUCAUGUUUGGGAAAGCAAAAACGUGCAGCAUUGUUCCUGAACACGAACCUGCAGAGUGCAAUAUUGUAGUUCUGGGAUCGAUGGGCUCAGGCAAAUCAGCUCUCACUGUGAAGUUCCUCACGAAGCGUUUUAUUAGCGAAUACGACCCAAACCUUGAAGACACUUAUUCCUCAGAGGAAAUAGUGGACCAGCAACCAGUUCUGGUCAAAGUAAUGGACACAGCAGACCAGGAUGGUCCAGUGAACUGUGAUCGCUACUUGGCCUGGGCCAGUGCAUUUCUCAUCAUCUACAGCAUUGAUAGCAGGCUCAGUUUCGAAGUAUGUCAACAGUAUGUGGAAGCCGUGACACUGUACACCAAAGGCCUGCAGCCUGAAGCUCCCAUCAUUUUAGUAGGCAACAAAGUGGACAUGGAGAGAUACAGACAAGUGAAUAAGGCGGAUGGUGCGACCUUGGCUGCCCGUUUCGGCUGCUUGUUUUUUGAGGUGUCAGCCUGCUUGGACUUUGUGUCUGUGCAAAACGUAUUUUAUGAAGCUGUCCGGGAGGUUAGGCGUGAGGCAGAGAGGAGUCUUUCACCCCGGCCUCUUUACAUCAGUGAAGACAAAGCACCAAUCAGCCUCUCCUCUGCCUCUCUUCUCUCACCUUGCUAUAAGGAGCUGCCCACUCCGGCCACAGCCAAGCUAGUGACUGUGAAGUCCUCGAGGGCCCAGAGCAAGCGCAGAGCACCUACACUCACCCUCCUCAAAGGCUUCAAGAUCUUUUGACUCAACAGUGCUCCCUUAUGGUACAAGAAGAUACACUUAGUUUUACACUCUCUCACCCAGAAUGUUUUUAGUAAUACAAACCCAAAUGCCCAUGUACGAACUUUUAAUUAAAUUUCCUCCCACACCCAGCCCCCCACCCCACAAUAGCCAGGCUAUUUCCACUCAUUCAUGGUUAGUAUAAUAUUUGAACAUAUAUGCAUUAGAUUAUUGUUAAUGUCAGUCUCAGUUCUGGAUUAUUCCUUUAUGCACAGUUUAUUGUUUUCACUGGUGCAUUUCACCAGAUUUAACUAGUUUUAACAGUUUGAACUCAUUUAAACGAGUAACCCUAAGCCCUGUUUAUUGCCAUUAUCACCAUUAACUUAAUCAACUUAUUAGCACUAUAGUAGCUAGGGUUUUUACUUACAUUGAGGGAAAAAAUAAUUGAUCCCCUGCUGAUUUUCUAUGUUUGCCCACUGACAAAGAAAUGAUCAGUCUAUAAUUUUAAUGGUAGGUUUAUUUUAACAAAACAAUCCAGAAAAUGUAUUUCAAAAAAGUUAUUAAUUGAUUUGCAUUUUAAUGAAUAAAAUAAGUAUUUGACCCCUUUGCAAAACAUGACUUAGUACUUGGUGGCAAAACUCCAAGUCUUUAAGGUGAUGUUUGGCAACUCAAACCUUCAGCUCCCUCCACAGAUUUUCUAUGGGAUUAAAGUCUGGAGACUGGCUCCAUCGUCCCUUUGAUGUGUUGAUGUUGUGUUGUCCCCUUGGCAGAAAAACACCCCAAAAGCAUAAUGUUUCCACCUCCAUGUUUGACAGUGGCAAUGGUGUUCUUGGGGUCAUAGGCAGCAUUCCUCCUCCUCCAAACAUGGAGAGUUGAGCUGAUGCCAAUGAGCUUGAUUUUGGUCUCAUCUGACAACAACACUUUCACCCAGUUCUCCUCUGAAUCAUUGAGAUGUUCACUGGCAAACUUCAGAUGGGCCUGUACAUGUGCUUUCUUAAGCAGGGGGACCUUGCGGGCACUGCAGGAUUUUAGGCCUUCAUGGUGUAGUGUGUUACCAAUCGUCUCAUGUUAUUCUGGGCUGAUUCCUCACCGUUCUCAUAAUCAUUGAAACCCAUGAGGUGAGACCUUGCAUGGAGCCCCAGAUCGAGGGAGAUUGAGUUAUUUUGUGUUUCUUCCAUUUGCGAUUAAUCAAACCAGCUGUUGUCACCUUCUCACCAAGCUGCUUAGCGAUGAUCUUGAAGCACAUUCCAGCCUUGUGUAAGUCUACAGUCUUGUGUACAGGUGAUUUAUGUACAGGUAACAAGCUGAGAUUAGGAGCACUCCCUUUAAGAGAGUGCUCCUAAUACUUAUUUUACUCAUUAAAAUGAAUUAAACUCAUUAAAAUCUUUGUCAGUGGGCAAAAGUACAAAAUCAGCAGGGGAUCAAAUAAUUUUAUUUCCCCUCACUGUAUAAAUGAACAGCAAAUGCUUUUCAUCCAUUUAUAAGUACACAUAAUGUGCAUGUUAGUAAAAGCAGUCAGACAAAAAAAAAAAACACGGUGCAGGACAAAGGCGAGUGAGGAUCCAAAUGCAGUUGAAACGUUUUAAUAAACCAAGACAAGAAACAGACAGACAGGCAAAACUAGGCAACACACAGAGCUAACAGGAACACAAACAUAUAGACAACGACUAGCAACAGGGAAGUGAGCAAACAGAGUAUAUAUAACUGACAGGAACCAAUGACAAAGCAGAGGCAAUCAGAGACAAAGACAACACACCUGAAGGAGAGAUGGAGUUCAAUUAAUGUCCGUGGUAACCAAUGAGUGGCGGAGCAAACAAUUAACAACAGAGAAAGACAGCAGACAGAAACAGGGCAGAAACACAGACAGACUCAUUACAUUACCAAGGAAAAAGACUUUGCCAUGGUGGAAAAAUGAUUGACAAGCACAAAGUCAUGACAUUGCAGACUCCUUCCACAAAGGUCUUGCAGAGAGAUACUGUAUGUUUUUCAUGGUGAAUAAGAUCUUUUUAAUCUGUUUAUUAUUGGUCUUCUUGGACUAUGUAGAGCAUCCAUACAAGUCCCUGUUUAUAUGCUGUUACUAUAGAUUUAAUAAUAGAUGAUAAUGAAUUCAAUUACAUUAAUAUGAACCUGUCAGAACAGCAUUUAGAGAAAAUUAAACCAAACUGAUUUGAAGAGAUAGAGAACAAUACACACUCUCUGUCUUGGUCUCAUAUCUUUUGACUUAACUCAAGAUCUCCAUCUAUGAUUUAUUGGCUUGAUCAACAAAAAGCAACAGUAACUAAGUAUCAAUAGUUGGUCUAUUGUAAGGCCAAUAUGUGUUGAAUCAAGUUUGAUAGAACAAAAAAAAAGCCUUUGACUCUUUGUACAUUUAAAUGUUUAUAAGAAUGCAAACUAAGGAAAUGGGAAUUUGUUUUGUCUCUCAGUCCCACAUCACUUGUCUUCCUCACCCUCUUCAUUAGAAUCAGAGUAGAGUUUGGAGGCAGUUCCAUCCUUCCACGUGACCAUAAUCUCACCAGGGUUCAGUGCUUCAGUCUCACUAGCUUCCUCCAGUGGUGCUUUGCUCUCCAGUUGUCCAUCUUGUGUUGGGUCAGGGUAGGAGUUUUUGUCCUCCUUGGACACAGUGAUAAUUUGAAGCUCUUCCAUUUCCACUUUUACUAAGGCAGGAGAUGCAGCAGUGGCGGUUUUGUACUUGGCUAUUUCUCGCCGAUGUCUGUAAAAAAAGGAAUCUAUUACUUACCCAUUCUGUACAGACACACUUACUCGAGUCAUUUUCACUUUAAGACUUUUCUCCAAAGCCCAACCUUUACCAUUGUAUACAAGGCAUUUAAACAAGGCAAAAUUUGUUGUGCUAUCACAUAUGUGAAUACUGACUUGUUACUCAUCAAUCCCAUGAUGCAGAGCACACACCCCAUAAGCAGAACCACAAGAGACAAACCCAGCAUGGCAAAUUUCCAGGGUGUUGCUGUAAAAAGAGAAUCACGUCUUAGUGUGUGAAAUAUUAACUACCAUCCUAAAACUUAUUAAAUCCUGAAUCCUGAAACUAGAUUUCAUUCAUUUCUAGACAUGUCUGAAUUGUAUAUAAGGCAAAGCAAAUGGUUGAGUGUGACUAUAAGACUAUAAUACAUUUUCUGUACAUAUCUGUCUCAAAUUACACAUAUUUUAAAAGAAAAGUGAUACAGAUUUGUCAUUUAGAAGUGAAUGAAUUUAUAAAAUGAAAGAUUAGGACUAUAAGGACACUGUAUAACCCAAAAUGCAAUUUCUGUAAAGAAAAGCUACUUAAAUCUGCAACAGAGACACAUCGUAGACAAAGACGUUAGAUAAUGCACUCUUUAAGCUCUACCUAUUGUUCAUUGUACGUUGCAAAUGUGAUAGAGAGCUGGAUGUGUAUAAAAAUGUGUAAAAAUAAAGAAGCAAAUUUCA